ACAUCACCCUCUGCACCAGCCUCACCCCCACGUCCAUGGUGUCCUUCCUCCUCCUCAACAAGUUCAGACAAUAUGGAGCCACCAUUGAUGAGCUCAUUGAUGGCUACCUGCAGCUGGAGAGACUGGCUGAACUACACGGGAGAGUCAUCAGUUCCUACCUGUCGGCCGGAGAGGCUGUACAUUACGCGCUGCACUACAUGUCCAAUCUGGUUACCGUUGGCAACACUGCCUGUGAGCGACCUCUAAACGGGGUCGUGCCAGUAGCAACAAGAGGAUCAGGCCGGUGCUAAGUCUUCCAGAUGUGUUUGAUCUCUACCACCUGUCGAAUCAGACUGCUCCUCUGCUGGCCAGGCAUGCCAUCAUCGCAUACAGUGUCUUGUCAGUAUCCAGGGACACCAGCAAGAGAAACAUCAAUCAGGACAAGGUGGUGGAGACGGCCAGCUCCCUGGCUCAGAUACUGGCACGCGAGUUCAUCUUCACUCCUCCGUGUGAGGACUUGACAGUCGCUCUACUCGAAGUCCUUGACGACUUUGUCAAUUCCGAGGUGCUGAAGAGGGUGGGGUCUGGUAACCAUGGUAACAGGAGACCGAUGUAUCUGGACGUGGAUGACGAUGAUUGGGAUGAGUAUGUCCCUGUCAUUGAGUACCAGCUGGGAGAGGAGGGGAAGGCCAGUCUCUCUCUCUUUGCCUCCGUUCUGGAGCCCCUGGUGGAGAGCUACUGGCUGACCACCACCCAGCUCCUCCUCCUCCUCCCCCUCUCCCCCGACCACUUCCUCACUGAGUCUGGGCUGGUGGGUCAUGUCCAGACCAUCGCCAAGGCUAAAGCUGAGAAGGCUCAGCUGUAUCGAGUUGAGAGCUGCUCAUCAGACACCAUCAGGAAUGCAAUCAAGAUCCUGCAGGACCGUCAAGUUCUGGUUCCAGCACAGAAUGGAGACGGCAGCACACCACAUACUCAGUCACUGGAGGUUGCCAAUAGCAACCUCCUGGUUGACAUCAUCAAGCAACUGACUCUACUUCGUAGCUAAUCUUUCUCUCGUAGUUCAAUCUCUCCACUCUGUUCCGAGGAAUCAUGAACUCUACUUGUGAACUGAUGUAUCAUGAACUAUUGUUGAACAUAGUAUCAUGAACUGAACACAGUGUAUCACAAACUAUCGCUGAACAUAGGUCUCAGAGCCUGACUCAGUCUGGCUGACUGCUGCUGUUUCAGCUGAGUCAGUUCCCUCAGUCUCCUCUGCACAGCAGUGUUCCCCAUCCCCGCCUGCCUCAGGUCCUCCUCUGCCUCGUCCAGGUCUCCCAGUCUCAUUCUGGCCACUCCGCGGCGGUACAGAGCCUUCACGUUCCCUGGGUCCAGCUCCAGGACUCGGGAACAGUUGGAGGAGGCAUGGUCGGCCUGCCCCAGCUUCAGUUGACAGGCUGCCAGGUUCAGACCCAGAGCCACCUGCAGAUCUUUGAAUUCUCCUUCUCCUCCUCCUCCUGCUGCUGCUGCUAGUUUGGCUGCCCGAGAGUAGCAAACAGCAGCUGCUCCCUCUUGACCCUCCUGAAACAGCUUCCCUCCUCUCUCCUUGUGUCGACUGGCCAGUGAGAGAAUCUCGCUAGUCUCCAUCUCCCAUAGCUGUCUGGCUCUGGUGAAGGAGACGAGGCUCAGGGUGUAGCUGAGAGAGACGACGUCAAUGGGAAGGUCGUGGAGGUCACCAGCCAAGGCCCGAGGGACUGGCUCCAGUCUGCACACCUCUCCCUCUCUCAUGGCCGCCAGAGCGUCAUCUAGAACCAAAUAAAGCGGCUCUAGAGCCUCGCCUGCAGGAGAAACAUGAGCAAUGAGGCAGGAGAUGACCUGUAGUGUCUUAC